GGCAACUGCGCGAGCUCGGGGCGCGCGCAGUGGUCCACGGCACCAGCGGCGGCGACCUAAGCGAGCUUCUGGCGCAAAACGUGCGGCGCGAGGAAGACGCCAGAAUUGGCGAGCUCGAAUUUGACGGGCGCGCGCUGGUCACCCCGCUCGCGACGCUCGCCGCUCGCGGCGACGGCUGCCAUGUUGUCCGCGGCGAGACGGUGACGGAGCGCGUUCGCGCCGAGACUGCGCUGGCCUUCCGGGCGGCAGCCGAGGCACGGAGAAUCCUACAGCCGGGCCCCCCGCGGCGCGGCAAUCGCCAGCGCCCAGGCGAGCUGUUCGCGCUUGGAGAAGCUGCGCAGUCAAGUCGCAGCGACGCGUGGGCGCGGCGCGGCGUGGUGUUCGUGUUUCGCGCAG